CGGCGUUAUAAGCAAAGCCCAGAACACAAAAACAUAAACUAGUUGUGUCCUUUGAACUGUGGGAUUGGGAAAAAUCCGUGUGCUCCUUUGUUCAACACGAACUGUAUAAAUAUAUAUAGACAAUUUGUACUUCCCCUGGACCCUUGUCUCGUUUAAGGUUGUUCUCUUUUCUCUCUGCGCUUUCUUCAAAAAUCAAAAGUGUGCUCCAUCUCAUUCUUUCUUACUUAUCAAGAUUCAAGGAAUAAGUUUUUCAUCUCUCGGCUUUUGCUUCCUGUGCAUUGUUAAGAAAAAUGAUCAAAUUGUUCAAAGUUAAAGAGAAGCAAAAAGAGGCUAAUGAGAAUGGCAAUGGGAAGGGCCCUUGUAACAAGCAGACCGCUGGGGAACUGCGUCUACACAAAGACAUAACCGAGCUGAACCUGCCCCGUUCUUGUACAAUAUCAUUUCCUGGUGGGAAGGAUAAGCUGAUGAACUUUGAGAUUACAAUUAAGCCAUAUGACGGAUACUAUGCUGGUGGAAAAUUUCUAUUCUCUUUCGAGGUUCCAUCAAUCUAUCCACACGAACCACCAAAAGUAAAGUGCAAGACCAAGGUAUACCAUCCUAAUAUCGAUCUGGAGGGUAGCGUCUGCCUCAACGUACUUAGGGAAGAUUGGAAACCUGUUCUCAACAUCAACACAAUUGUUUAUGGAUUAUAUCAUCUUUUUACGGAACCAAACCCUGAGGAUCCUCUUAAUACUGAUGCUGCUGCUGUGUUGAGAGACAGGCCUGAGUUGUUCAAAUCAAAUGUGAGAAAGGCUAUGUAUGGUGGGUGUGUGGACAACAUAAGCUUCGCACGAUGCGUGUAGCCAAGGGGUGUUCAUCGGUCAGUUUGUACGGUUUUGAAAGAUUUUGAUUAGGUAUUUUUGGUUUUCGAUUAUAAAAAUAUUAAAUUUUACCAAUAUCAUCUCAAGAUAAAUUUGGUAUGGUUCGUCUUUUUCUUUUU